CUGGCUCCUCCAUCCUGAACAGCAGGGAGAGAGAGCCUCUCCCAAAGGGAGACAUCACCCUCACCGCCCGAGUUCACCCAGGCGACCCCGCGGAAGAGGAGGACUAAAACAUGGAGGAGCCGGUGUUUUAGGAGGUGGAUCGAAAGCCGGGAUUAUUUAUUUACCUGUUUGUUUGUUUAUUGAUUUAUCUCCUCUGCCAGUAAUGGCAGGGCUCCAUGGCUGCGGCUGCUGAAGGCAGCAGGUGCAACAUCACCAUCGACCGAGGCGUGUAGCUCCCUCGGCAUGGACGGCCGAACCGCAGGCUGGGUCAGAACACAUCCGCCGGUACCGGAGGAGCGAUAAGGGCCGCUUCUGUGGGGGGGUGAAGUCAGCCUGGUGUUAUUAGCGGUGGUGGAUCCACUGGGCCCCUCUGUAAUCUGAAACAGAAGCCCGGAGCCCGUCUGGAGCUGAAGGUUAUGCGCACACAGCGGCGCGCUGUUUCUGGCGCAUCUGCGUAAAAGACGCUAACUCGUGUGAUUCGCGCCUGGUGCUGAUCCGGUUCGAACACCGCGACGCUCUCGCCCACACCAGGCCCUGGAAAACAAGGUGAUCGGGCACGAGCAGGACCCUCCCCGGAUCCGGCCGCCACGAUGAUGGAGAUAGACGAGGUGGUCUACCAGGACGACUACGGCUCCGGCACCGUGAUGUCGGAGCGCGUGUCGGGCCUGGCCAACGGGAUCUACCGGGAGUUCGAGCGGCUCAUCCACAGCUACGACGAGGAGGUGGUGAAGGAGCUGAUGCCGCUGGUGGUGAACGUCCUGGAGAACCUGGACGCGGUGCUCACGGAGAACCAGGAGCACGAGGUGGAGCUGGAGCUGCUGAAGGAGGACAACGAGCAGCUCAUCACGCAGUACGAGCGAAAUUCAUUGAGUUUGAGGACAUGCUGGAAGCUGAGAAGAAGGAGCUGCAGAUCCAAGUGGAGGUUCUGGAGCUGCAGGGGAAGCAGUUGGAGCUCAAGGCCAAAAACUACUCUGACCAGAUCACUCGGCUGGAGGAGCGAGAAGCAGAGAUGAAGAAGGAGUACAACACUCUUCAUCAGCGUCACACAGAGAUGAUCCAGACCUACGUGGAGCACAUCGAGCGGUCCAAGCUGCAGCAGGCGGGCAGUAACAGCCAAUCAGAAGGCCCCGGCUGUGGACGAACUCAACGCCACACAUGGAGGAAAAGGCUGCCGCACCUGAAGGAAGACGGAUCCGAGUCGGACUCGGUGGCGGUGACGCCCAGCAGCACGGGAAGCAAGUCCAACACGCCCACCUCCUCCGUGCCCUCCGCCACCGUCACCCCCAUCAACGAGGGCUUCUUCCCGCAGUCCGACUUCGACGUGGUGCGCGCCGGGAACCGCAGGAAAAACGGCAAGCGUCUCAGCCGGAACAUGGAGGUGCAGGUUUCCCAGGAAACCAGGAACGUCAGCAUCGGGAUGGGGAGCAGCGACGAAUGGUCGGAAUUUCAGGAAAUCAUUGACUCCACACCUGAGCUGGAGAUGUGUGUGGAUCCUCGUGUGUACGGAGGAGGAAACAGCCCCUCUCAGGGCAUCGUCAACGAGGCUUUCGGCAUCAACACCGACUCUCUCUACCACGAGAUCAAAGACGCCAAAUCGGACAUCAUCGGGGACGUGGAUGCAGGAGCCGAGCUGUUAGGCGAGUUUUCAGUUCGAGAUGAUUUCUUCGGGAUGGGAAAGGAGGUGGAGAACCUGCUGACGGAGAACAAACAGCUUCUAGAAACCAAAAACGCUCUGAACAUUGUAAAAAACGACCUUAUUGCCAAAGUGGAUGAGCUGUCGAGUGAGCAGGAGGUGCUGAGGGAGGAGCUGGAGGCGGUGCGGCAGUCCAAGAACAAGGUGGACGCCAGAGUGAAGGAGCUGGAAGAGGAGCUCAAGAGGUUAAGAGCAGAAGCUCUUGGUGCGUCUCGGGACUCCAAGGAUGAAGGAGGCGACGAACUUUCGUCGCCCAUGCAGGACGGGGACAUGGCGAUGACCCAGCGGCGGCGGUUCACCCGGGUGGAGAUGGCCCGUGUGCUGAUGGAGAGGAACCAGUACAAAGAGAGGCUGAUGGAGCUGCAGGAGGCUGUGAGGUGGACGGAGAUGAUCCGAGCGUCCAGGGAGAGUCCUCCAAUCCAAGAGAAAAAGAAAUCCACCAUCUGGCAGUUCUUUGCCCGUCUCUUCAGCUCGUCCUCCAGCCCCCCGCCCGUCAAGCGUCCAUAUUACAGCGUCAACAUCCAUUACAAGUCUCCGUCUCCGGCGCUGACUCAGCGCCGCAGCCACACCAUGUGUCAGAUCUCCACCUCGAACCGCACGCUGGAGUUCUUCCCUGAAGAACUGGCCAGUAACGGUGUUGCGUCUCUCCUCAGUGACUCGGCGCUGCUGGCCCGCCGAGAGCAGCGGCGGGAACAGUACAGGCAGGUGCGCGAGCACAUGCGCCGCGACGACGGCAUCAUGCAGGCCUGUGGCUGGAGCGUGCCGUCUCGAUUCAAACAGACGGGUGGUCAGACGGACAGCGCUAAGGACAGCCCGCUGAAGAGACAACAGACCAGUGACAAAGAAGAUAACCGCAUGAAGAACGUUCCGGUCCCAGUGUACUGUCGCCCCCUGGUGGAGAAAGACCCCAACAGGAAGUUAUGGUGUGCAGCAGGAGUGGACCUGACAGGAUGGAGGGCCAGCAGCCAGGAGGUGGCAUCGACCAAAGCAUCGUCAGGCGUCAGCAACCCCCUGCAGGCUGAGGAGGACAAAAACGGCAAAAAGACCAACCACACGUCUCCUGAGAAGAAAAAGACAAAGGAGCUCCAGGAGACGGACAGCAUGAACAGCCGAGUGUGGAUCCUCACCAGCACCCACUCCGCCAGCAAGGUGGUCAUCAUCGACGCCAACCAGCCGGGUUCGCUCGUUGACCAGUUCAACGUCUGCAACGCUCACGUGCUCUGCAUCUCCAGUGUGCCGGCGGCGAGCGAGAGCGAUUAUCCAGCAGGAGAAAUCGUGUUGGAUCCGAGUGACGGUGGAGCUGGAGGUGGGGAGGACUCUGGAGGGGUGGAGGGAAUGUUGGCAGGCAUCACGCUCGUCGGCUGUGCCACAAACUGCAGCGUCGCCCGGAGCAAUUGCUCCUCCCGUACAGAUACACCCAUCAUAGAUAAAAGUCAAGCCCCCGCCGCUCCCCACUGCAACGGCAAGAUGCACCCCGCCCAAUCGGCUGAGGAAGCUACGGAGGCGACAGAAGUUCCCGAAACAACGCCCAACCACACAGAAAUGAGGUCCGGACCCCUGGGACCUUUUACGGAGCACGUCUUCACUGACCCUCAGCCUCGCCCGGCGGAUUCCUUCGAUAGGAGCACGGGCCAGUUCAAAGAAGACGCCUCUCAGCCCACAGAGUUAGAAGAUGGAGGGGAAGAGACUAAAAACUACACCAGCGUGGCCCCCACCAUGUGGCUCGGGGCCCAGAAUGGCUGGCUUUAUGUCCACUCAGCUGUGGGGAACUGGAAGAAGUGUCUCCACUCCAUCAAACUCAAAGACUCCGUGCUCAGUCUGGUGCACGUGAAAGGUCGGGUUCUGGUCGCGCUCGCCGAUGGAACGCUCGCCAUAUUUCAUAGAUCAGAAGAUGGUCAGUGGGAUCUGUCCAACUACCACCUCAUGGACCUCGGUCGGCCUCAUCACUCCAUCCGCUGCAUGGCUGUCGUCCACGAUAAGGUGUGGUGCGGCUACAAGAACAAGGUUCAUGUCAUUCAGCCCAAAAGCAUGCAGAUAGAGAAGUCCUUCGACGCCCACCCUCGCAGGGAGAGUCAGGUGCGGCAGCUGGCGUGGAUCGGCGACGGCGUGUGGGUGUCCAUCCGACUGGACUCCACGCUGCGUCUGUACCACGCGCACACACACCAGCACCUCCAGGACGUGGACAUCGAACCGUACGUCAGUAAAAUGUUGGGUACGGGCAAGCUGGGCUUCUCUUUUGUCCGGAUCACGGCCCUCCUCAUUGGUGGAAAUCGUCUCUGGGUGGGAACCGGAAACGGCGUGAUCAUCUCCAUCCCUCUGACAGAAACGGUGGUCCUUCACCGGGGUCAGCUCCUGGGUUUGAGGGCCAAUAAGGUGUCGCCUACGUCCUCCGGUGGCGUGAUCCACGUGUACGGCGACGACGGCUCUGAGAAGAGCAGCGGCAGCUUUAUCCCUUACUGCUCGAUGGCACAAGCCCAGCUGUGUUUCCACGGACACCGCGACGCCGUCAAGUUCUUCGUCUCUGUGCCGGGCAACGUGCUGGCCACCCUGAACGGCAGCGUUCUGGACAGCCCGUCAGAAGGACAGAGCUCCACAGCACCAACAGAGACGGAGGCGCAGAGCUUUCACAACGUGCUGGUGCUGAGCGGAGGAGAGGGAUACAUCGACUUCCGUAUAGGUGAUGGAGAGGAUGAUGAGACGGAGGAAGGAGAAAGCAGUGGCGAAGCUUCGCAGAUGAAACCUGCUUUGAGCAAAGCUGAGCGAAGCCACAUUAUAGUCUGGCAGGUGUCGUACGUGCCCGAAUGAUGCCUGAAACUGGCCUCUUUAAAAAGAAUCUCUUGAUUUUUAUUAAAGCUUCCAACCAUCCAAACCUUGUAAUAAUCCCGGGUCAUGUAAAAGUUUCCCUUUGGCUGUAAAACCCUCCGAGCCUUGCAUCAUUCCUUCUAUUAUACCCGUUCCUAUUACUGUAAAUGACUUUCUCUGAUCUAUUUAUCUGCCUGCCAUCUUAAGUCUGCUCCACACUGGAAAUUGUAACGAUCAUCAUAAGCCUUGUAAUCCAGCCUCAUGACUACCUCCCUCAUCUGCAGUGAUCUUACACUCGCCCUGCAGGCACACGUUUGCCUCCUUGUGUACUCAUUUGUUCUCCAUGGGCCCAAGAGUUGCACCUUUUCCAUAAGUUUAUCUGCAUCUGUUGGGUUCCCCC